UCCACCAUGAAGAGAGCUAGGCAGAAACCUGUGGUGAAAAAUGAAGCUCCCCAAACAUCACAGAAAAGCAAAAAACAGAAAACUGGUUUAUAUGGCUCAGUGCUUGGUGGCUCUGCCUUGCACAGCUCUCUGGACUGGGGCAGCCUCCCACACCAUGUCAUCCUGCGCGUUUUCCAGUUCCUGCCCUUAGUCGACCGAGCCAGGGCUUCUUCUGUCUGUCGAAGGUGGAAUGAGGUUUUCCACAUCCCAGAUCUCUGGAGGAGAUUUGAAUUUGAGCUGAACCAGCCAGCUACUUCUUACUUAAAGUCUACACAUCCUGAUCUCAUUCAGCAGAUUAUCAAGAGGCACGCGGAUCAUCUGCAGUACGUCAGCUUCAAGGUUGAUAGCAGUACUGAGUCAGCAGAAGCAGCCUGUGACAUCCUUUCUCAGUUGGUAAACUGUUCCAUCAAGACACUGGGUUUGAUUUCUACAGCAAAACCAAGCUUCAUGAAUGUCUCCAAGGCUCAUUUUGCUUCAGCACUGACAGUAGUUUUUGUGAACUCCAAGUCACUAUCAUCCAUCAAGGUAGAUGACACACCACUGGAUGAUCCUUCCUUGAAGGUUCUGGUUGCUAACAACAGUGAUACUCUGAAACUGCUGAAAAUGAGCAGCUGUCCUCAUGUGUCACCUGCUGGAAUCCUCUGUGUUGCUGACCAGUGCCACGGGCUGAAGGAGCUGGCUCUGAACUACUACAUCUUGAGCGACGAGCUGCUGCUGGCCCUCUCCAGUGAGAAGCACGUGGACUUGGAGCACCUGCGCAUCGACGUGGUGAGUGAGAACCCCGGGCAGGUGCAGUUCCACACCAUCAAAAAGCAGAGCUGGGAUGCGCUGCUGAGGCACUCCCCCAAAGUCAGCAUCGUGAUGUACUUCUUCCUGUACGAGGAGGAGUUCGAUGCCUUCUUCCGGGAGGAGACGCCGGUGACGCACCUGUACUUCGGGCGGGCGGUGAGCAAGGCCAUGCUGGGCCGCAUCGGCCUGCACUGCCCCCGCCUGGUGGAGCUGGUGGUGUGCGCCAACGGCCUGCAGCCGCUCGACGAGGAGCUGCUGCGCAUCGCCCAGCGCUGCAAGCACCUCACCGCCAUGGGGCUGGGCGAGUGCGAGGUCACCUGCAGGGGCUUCCUGGAGUUCGUGAAGAUGUGUGGGGGCAGGCUCACCCAGCUCUCCAUCAUGGAGGAGGUGCUCAUCCCGGACAGCGACUACACCUUGGACCGGCUUCGCCUGGAAGUCUCCCAGCACCUGGGCAGGAUGUGGUUCCCUGACAUGAUGCCGACGUGGUGACCCUGCAGACCCCGUGAUGAGCUGCUCAGGGUGUCGCUUUCUAUGCAAAUAAAGAGCUUGAAAAUGCAACGUGAAGACUUCUUUCCAGAUCUCUGGUUUUCCACCUUGAGGAUGUAAUAGCAAAGUCAUUCUAGAAUGUUAAGGGUGUGCUGAACCAGAAGACACCUGGAGUGUGCCUCACACUUCUGCCAGGAUGUCUGUGGUUUACAGGUGCUUCAAACUUCAGUGAACUUGGGCUCCUCUGAGCUUCAGCUUCAAUGUUCCAUGCACAUUAACGUUUGGGGGACUUUCAUGUCUCUGUUCAGUCUUUUGACGUAGUCAGAAGGGGGCUAGAGAAAUUUUUCCUUUAGCAGAUCCAUCUCUAUAGGAAGCUGGAUACACCUUGGAAUUCCGUAUUAUUUUUCAGGAUGUUUUUUUGUGCAGCUA